UCCUUGGCAUGUUGAUCUGAACGGAAUUGCUCCCCUGAAGAAAACAGCUCGCCUCAUGCGGCAGAUCCAGCCCCGAGGAGGUUAAGCUAGCUCGGCCGGCUGGCAGCUUUGGCAUUCAAACCUUCCCCGGAGCUUCAUGGGAUCCCAUAUCAAGUAUUUUCUCCUGGCUGGAGGAGUGACUGACUGACUCAGACACAUACAGACACAAACGCUACUCCCACCUCCUCCUCCUCCUCCGCUGCCUGAUUCGUUCUCUCUGAAGCCAAGCUGCAUCCAAGGAUACUGGCGCUUUAAUCCCAGGCACCAUCCUCACCGGCUGUCCCUGCUAAACUGGGAAGAGAAAGACUCUGCUUGCUAGUACCGCCUUGCUCCUCAGGAAGGGCAAGGAGCAAGGAAGAUGGACCCAGCUGGACUUGGGCACCCGGAAGAGAAAGGAGAUAUUGACUGCACAGCAACCAGCACUGGAGAGCAGCCAAAACCAGAGACUUGGGAUGAUUCCAAAGCCUUUUAUGCCAACCUCUCCCCACAAAAGAAACCCAAAUUGCCAAAACCACAGAAUGCCAUCACGAUUGCUGUGUCAUCCAGAGCUUUAUUCCGUAUGGAAGAGGAGGAGAAAAUCUACAGUGAACACGGUGUGGAGGCCUACGUCAAAUAUCAGCUGGAUCACGAGAAUGAGCCCCUCUUGCCUGGAGCAGCUUUUCCUUUUGCCAAGGCUCUGGAAGCUGUCAACACUCAACUGCGGAAGCUGUACCCAGACAGUGAGGAGCUCUUUGACGUUGUCCUUGUGACCAACAACCAUGCCCAAGUGGGAGUUCGCCUGAUCAAUACUAUCAACCACUACAACCUUUUCAUUGAGCGGUUCUGCAUGACUGGCGGGAACAGCCCCAUAGGCUACCUGAAGGCCUACCACACCAACCUGUACCUGUCCUCCGACUGUGAGAAAGUGAGUGAAGCCAUAGAAGAGGGGAUUGCUGCUGCCACUAUCUUCAGUCCAAGCACAGAUGUGAAAAUCUCUGAGAACCAGCUGCGUGUUGCCUUUGACGGGGAUGCAGUCCUUUUUUCAGAUGAAUCUGAGCAGAUAGUAAAGGCUCACGGUCUUGACAAGUUCUUUGAACAUGAGAAAGCAUAUGAGAACAAACCACUUGCUCAGGGACCACUGAAAGGCUUCUUGGAAGCCCUUGGGAAGCUUCAGAAGAAGUUCUACUCCAAGGGCCUCCGCCUCGAAUGUCCCAUCCGCACCUACCUCGUCACAGCCCGUAGCGCUGCCAGUUCAGGGGCCCGAGCUCUAAAGACUCUCCGAAGCUGGGGGCUCGAAACAGAUGAAGCCCUCUUUCUAGCAGGUGCCCCAAAGGGCCCCCUGCUGAAGAAAAUCCGUCCACAUAUCUUCUUUGAUGACCAGAUGUUCCAUAUUGAAGGGGCAAAGGAGAUGGGCACAAUUGCGGCCCACGUCCCCUAUGGUGUGGCACAGAAACAUAGGCGCGCAGCACAGGUGAAACAGGCCCAGAACAGCAAGUAGUCACCAAAGGCAGGAUGGGCUGGGACAGCCUUCAGAUACCUAGAGAUCAAAGUCUCUCCUGGAGGAUGGAAGAUCAGCAGUACCUUCCACAACUGGAAGCAAAGGUGUUCAGAUAGUCGAUGUUGUGUCUUAUUUGGCUAGGCUGCUGGAAGGGGAAGCCUUCCUUCUGCUUGCAUUUUUGCAGCUUGUGGACACGUUGUUCCUCUUCCACCUCAGCUCCUUCACCCCUUCCACCUCUCUCGUGCCCAUUCUAGCUGUUGACAUUCACUUGUUUUUGAGAGAGGCAUUUUCCAGUUCUUACGUUGCAUGAAUAACAUUUGAUAACUUGUGGGCAACACCUGAGGAAGUCUCAGACUUCAUCAGCUGCUGUUUUGGAUAGCUGGUUCUGGAGUGGGGUUGAGCAAAGGCCCUGAGUCCCCCAUCAACAUGGCCAUUUUCCCUUUGCACAGGGGACUCCUGGAGGUCAGAAGCUGGCAAGAGAAUCCUUGGCUCCUCUUCCAUGUUAAGGGGCACGUGGAAAGGGCCUUGGUCUUAAAACUUUCUGAAAACGGAGGUUUGUGAGGUAUUUGUAUAGCUCAAAAAGGGGAUCUCCGUGUUCCAUAUAACCCCUUCCCCAAAGCUCACAAAAACAGAUGCCAAAUACUCAGUCAGGGUACAAAGGCUUCCCAGAAGUUGUCUUUUCUUAGCAAAGAUUCUGGAUUUUCUAAACACAAUAAUGUGUUUAGCCUUGACCACAGGUGUCUCAGUAGCAGAAGGGAGGAAAUCCGGAAGCAUUUCCUCAGAAGAACUUGGGUUGACGUUGAAUCGAAGCCCUGUUUCGAUUGCAGGGUUAAAAGUGCAUGAGAGGGAGUGGGUGAUUCCUUGUUUGAUCUGCAAACAAGAGAUCCUGCUGCCUUUGCCAGGUGAAGGAGCCAGGAAAAGAAUGUGGACAGGUGCACACAGGAUAAAAUCAGGGCAUCUCUAUCAAAAUGUUUCACUUAAAGGCUAAGGAGAAAUCAGUUGGGUGCAGAAUGUCCUUCUGCCUGUCUCCCCAGUUAGUGGUCAAACAGUGUUUAAUGAAUGUGGUACAGCGCAGGGGGCUAGUCUUGGCCACCAGGCCGAUGUUAAAUCUCCUCUUAACCCUGAAGCUGGCUGGAUAGCCUUGGACUAGCUACUUUCUUACAGCCUGUCUCACAAUAAUUGACACCCAUGCCACUGGAAAUCACAUUCUGUUCAGGCAGUAGCCCAUAAGUAUGUCAGAAGAGCCCUAUGGGGUCACACCAGUGGUCAGUGAUCACAUCUAGGCCAGCAUCCUGUCUCAUACAGUGGCCAGCCACUGGUUGCCCUGGAGGACCAAUAAACACGGCAUGGAGGCCAAGGAGGCCCUUGAUGUUGCCACCUUACACUGGGUUUCAGAGGUAUACUGCCUAUGACUAUGGAGGUUCCCUUUAGUCAAAACAGCUAGUAGUCACUGAUGGAUCUAUCCUCCAUGGAUCUAUCUAACCUCCUUACAAAGUGAUCACUGAAUCUACUUGAGGUUAAUUCCACUAUUUAGUUACCUGUGGAGUAAAGAAAUAUUUCCUUUGUCUGUCCCGUACCUAUUGCCCAUCAAGUUCAUUGGAUACCCCUAAGUUCUGGGAUUUUGGUAGAGAGAAAAAUACCUUCCUCUGUCUACUUUCUCCACCCCAUGCAUAAUUUUUUACACCUCUGUUGUGUCUUCCUCCUUUGGUCAUCAUUUUUUUCUAAACGGAAAUGUCCCAGAGACUGCCCUCAUAGACCAGGUGCUCUGAUUCCUGGAUCAUUGUGGUCGCUGUCUUCUGUAUUUCUUCUUCCAGCUUUUUUAAAAUAAGGCGACCAGAAAUUUACAUGUUAUUCCAAAUGCAGGUGCACCAUAGCUCCGUGCAAGGGCAUCACUGUAUUGGCUGUUUUAUUCCCAAUCCCUUUCCUAAUAAUCCCUGGGAUGGAGUCUGUAUUUUUCACAGUGAUACAAUGUUUUCAUGGAGCUAUCUACUGUAACUCCAAAGUUUCACUCUCAGCCAGUUUAGAACCCCAUCCACAUGAAUUUAAGGUGAGAAUUCUUUGUUCCAGUAUGCAACACUUAGGCUCCUUUCGCACAUGCAAAAUAAUGCACUUUCAAUCUACUUUGCAGAUGGAUUUUAUUGUGCGGAAUAGCAAAAUCCACUUGCAAACAAUUGUGAAAGUGAACUGAAAGUGCAUUAUCCUGCAUGUGCAGAAGAGGCCUUACACUCAUCAACCCAAAACUUUCUUUGCCACGUUGUUGCAUGUUUGUGAAGGAUGCCACCCUUCCUGACACUCAUUCAGUUCUCCAAGAACUGAAUACCACAUGGUAGUGCCAUCCUCUUUUACCAGCCUUUGGGUUGGUCCUUUCACAGAAGCAUAUGGAAACUGAGGAGUUUCAUUUCAGUGUCUGUAAGCAACAUUUGUAUGAAUGAAAGGACUGGCUGUCCUUCUGGGUGUUUCCUCUAUAAUAAACGUUGUCUGCUACCCUU